AUGACACCCGCUGAUACAGCUAAUGAAGUGCUGGAUACUACGCUGGCGGCCGUGCAAUUGCUGAUCAAGCGGUGCACGUUGUUGGAGUCUGGCUAUCCAGAGGCCCUCAGAAUCUCGGAUGAGAUUGCCAGACGCGUGGCGAAAGACUUAAAACUUCAUGGAGGGAAUGCGACAUCCUUUUCCCCGCAGCUACUGUCAUGUGCUGCCGUUGUGCGAGAGUGCUCAAAGGCUGGCACUUUUCAGACAAUGCCGGAUUGGACAUCCGUGAUAGACAAUGAUCCGAGAAUCAAGGGUCACCCGCGGUUCAACAAGACGCUAAACUACCGCUCUCGCGCAGCAGAUGAGAUUCCCAUUCUUUUGGAUUCUGAACCGGUGACAUCAUCCGGAACUCAUGCGGCCGUCCAUUUUGCACCGUUGGCCAUAGCGCCUCCACCCACCUUGUCUCCUCUUCCCAUAGAUAGGGCCUUUGUCAAUAGUCCUUCGCAGGCAAUUGCACCGCCGUCGCCUUCUCCCACCUCAAUGGCGCUGGAACCUCUGACCCCGCUUCCCGUGUCCGCAGUUUCUAUCCCCUCCAAAUAUAACCUAUUUGUGCCAGGGACAAAGAAUGCUAAGACAGCACCAAAGGCCGGAAACAGGAAGAAGAGGAAGGCGGAAGAUAAUGGCGCGGAAGAGGUGAAAUUGGGGAACAUACCGAAUGCUCCAUCUCGGUUUGGCAAGUCGAGUCAGAAGAGAAGCAAGCAUGUAUCGGGUGACAACCGGAAUGAGCAUACUGACAUCGCCUCUGUCAUAGAGAACGUGGCACUGGAACGUUCAGAUUCGACCGAGAUGGCCAAUGAGAGAGGUUUCUGGGAUGCAGAGACCAGGCCCGUUGAAUGGGGUAGGGAUUCUGCUAUCGCCAUGGCAGCAGAGAGAAUGCAAGCGAAAGCCAAGGCCAUGGCAGCCGAGGCAGUUGCCAAUCCUACCAGACGCUCCAAGUCGCGUGCUCCGAAGUCCCGAGUUAUUAACAAGACGGUGGUUAAUACUAGGUCCCGGAAGACGCCCAUGCCGCCCAAUCGGUCAUUGUCUGUAGUUGAGGACGAUAUAGUAGAACAUGAAGAUUUGGCCUUGGCGGGUGAGCCGAAGUACAUGGAUGUCGCGCCGGCUCAAGCAGAGGUUCUGCCAAUCCCAACAAUGGGCUCAUCCGUGUCCGUCGAGCCCCAAGGACAAUCAGUAGCACUCGUGAAUCCUGCGGAAUAUGAGCCGACUGCAAGGGACAUCCUGCAGAGCAUUCAAGACCUGGGCAGGCGACUUGAUGGUCUCGCUACUAAUGACAGGGUCAAUAAUUUGGAAGAACGACUCGAUUCGGUGGAAGAGGUGGUUGGGCGGCGGUUGGACGUACUGGAGCGAAAACUCAUAUACUCGGAUUCGGAAUGGAAAGCAACAUCGUCAUCGCUCGGACAUUUAACCAUGUCCCUUCGGGAUCAUAUGGAUGAUCUGACCGCACACCGUCCUCGGAUCGACACCACUGCGUAUGCUCCCCCUCACCAUGGGAAUGUGCACCUUCCGGCUUGGCUAGCUAAUCACGACGACAAUCCUAACAUCUCUGCCAUUGGUAGGACUUCUGCAUCUGCUGCACACAUCGCCGAAACUCCGGAUCCUGCAGUUUUGCCGGUCGAUGCGGAUGCAUGCGUUGAGCUCUGCAGUGAACUUUCAACUAUAUCCGAUUGA